GUGCGCUCUGGUGUUUCCCGGAAGUGGAGCUAGUGACAGCUUCGGGUGUCCUUGUUUGGCAGCUGGUGCUGGAUGUGCAGGAGAGGGCAGAGCUCGCCGGUCACCCAGAAUGUUGCGGGCUGCCUGCAUUGUGUGCAGAGGGGUGAUAAAUCAGCAUCCUGUUAAAGGAAAUAAACUCCCACGGCAGAGCCUGUAUGUCCACAGACACCAUUAUUCCUAUCCAAGACCACCAGUUCGAUAUUACUCGGGGCUGUCUCGUCUCCCAUUACGGAGAAGCAAACUUCUGUCUCUAAAUACUGCAUAUCAGACUCAACGCAACUUCUGGGUUGCUAGGUUGGCAUCCAAGUUGUUAAAACUGCGCUACCUGGUAUUGGGAUCAGCUGUUGGUGGUGGAUACACGGCUAAGAAGACUUUUGACCAAUGGAAGGACAUGUUCCCUGACCUUGGUGAAUACAAGUGGAUUAUCCCUGAUUUCAUAUGGGAGUUAGAUGAACACAUCAAUUUUGAUAAGCUCAGUAAAGCACUUCCGGAUUCUGAGGAGCUAGCCAAACUUUUGCCAGACUUUGACAAGAUAGGGGAAAGUUUUAGCUUUGUUAAAAGUUGGCUUUCAUCAGGUCACAAUUUGGUUAGUGAAGUCAUAGGAGCUUCUGAUCUGCUACAAUUGUUAGGAAGUGAUUCUGCUUUCAAAGCUACUGACAGCCAGAAUUUUGAUGGCUCUGAAAAGCAAUAUAAGAAGGGUUUGCUUGGUGAACUCAUUCUAUUACAAGAGCAGCUCAAGCAGCAUGAAGAGGAGGCACGCAGGGCUGCUGGAAACAUUAACACGGGCACUUCACAGCAGAAGCGCAAGGUAUCUGACAAAGAGAAGGUUGAUCAGCUGCAGGAGGAGCUUUUACAGACCCAGUUGAAAUACCAGCGUAUUCUUGAGCGAUUAGAGAAAGAGAAUAAAGAUUUGAGGAAGCUGAUGCUACUAAAAGAUGACAAAGGAAUUCAUCAGCGAAAAGUCAAGAAAUCCUUGAUAGAUCUGUAUUCUGAAGUGUUGGAUAUCCUGUCUGAUUAUGAUGCAAACUAUAACACGCAAGACCAUUUACCAAGGGUAAUUGUAGUUGGAGAUCAGAGUGCAGGAAAAACCAGUGUCCUAGAAAUGAUAGCACAAGCACGUAUCUUUCCUAGAGGAUCAGGAGAGAUGAUGACCCGCUCUCCAGUAAAGGUUACUCUAAGUGAGGGUCCUCACCAUGUUGCUAUGUUUAAGGAUAGCUCCCGGGAGUUUGAUCUCACAAAGGAAUCAGAUCUUGCAGCUUUGAGGGAUGAAAUAGAAGUACGAAUGAGAAAGAGUGUUAAGAAUGGACAGACUGUAAGCCCUGAGACCAUUUCUCUAAGCGUAAAAGGUCCCGGUAUCCAGAGAAUGGUGCUUGUGGAUCUCCCAGGAGUUAUUAGUACUGUUACCUCUGGAAUGGCUCCAGAUACCAAAGAAACCAUCUUCAGCAUCAGUAAAGCAUAUAUGCAGAACCCUAAUGCUAUUAUCCUCUGUAUACAAGAUGGGUCUGUUGAUGCAGAAAGAAGCAUUGUCACUGAUCUUGUAAGCCAAAUGGAUCCCCAAGGCAGACGUACCAUUUUUGUGUUGACAAAGGUAGACCUUGCUGAGAAAAAUGUAACCAGCCCUAAUCGAAUUCAGCAAAUCAUUGAAGGUAAACUAUUCCCAAUGAAAGCACUUGGGUAUUUUGCUGUUGUAACUGGAAAAGGCAACAACAAUGAAAGUAUUGACUCCAUCAAGGACUAUGAAGAAGAAUUCUUUCAAGGAUCAAGUCUUUUGAAAAAAGGGAUGCUGAAGGCUCAUCAGGUCACCACCAAGAAUUUAAGUCUUGCUGUUUCCGAUUGUUUUUGGAAAAUGGUCCGAGCAUCUGUAGAACAACAGGCUGAUGCUUUCAAAGCUACUCGUUUUAACUUGGAAACAGAAUGGAAAAAUAAUUAUCCCAGGCUGCGUGAGCUUGACAGGAAUGAGUUGUUUGAAAAAGCCAAAAAUGAAAUUCUUGAUGAAGUUAUAAGUCUUACCCAGGUUACACCAAAGCAUUGGGAAGAGAUCCUCCAGAGAACACUGUGGGAGAGGGUGUCAACCCAUGUGAUUGAGAACAUCUACCUACCAGCUGCACAGACCUUGAACUCUGGUACUUUCAACACCACUGUAGACAUCAAGCUGAAACAAUGGACUGACAAGCAACUUCCUCAUAAAGCAGUGGAGGUGGCUUGGGAAACCCUUCAAGAGGAGUUCUCUCGAUUUAUGACAGAGCAGAAAGGCAAGGAACAUGAUGACAUUUUUGACAAGCUAAAAGAAGCGGUGAAAGAGGAGAGCAUCAAGAGACAUAAAUGGAAUGAGCAAGCAGAGGACAGUUUGCGAGUAAUUCAGCACAAUGCUUUAGAGGACCGUUCCAUUUCAGACAAGCAACAGUGGGAUGCUGCAAUCCAUUUCAUGGAGGAUACCUUACAAAGCCGCUUAAAAGAUACUGAAUCCGUCAUACGAGAUAUGGUUGGCCCGGGCUGGAAAGAGCGAUGGAUUUCUUGGAUAUCUCGUACUCCAGAGCAGAACAUACGAAAUGAAACGCAAAAUGAGCUUGAAAAGAUGCUAAAAGUUAAUGAAGAUCAUCCUGCAUAUCUUGCCAGCGAUGAAGUCACUACAGUCAGAAAGAAUCUAGAAACACGGGGAAUUGAAGUUGACCCGGUCUUGAUCAAGGACACGUGGCACCAAGUCUUCAGAAAACAUUUUUUGAGGUCUGCUCUCGGUCACUGUAAUCUUUGCAGGAGAGGAUUCUAUUACUAUCAGAGACAUUUUGUAGAUUCUGAGUUGGAAUGCAAUGAUGUGGUCCUUUUUUGGAGAAUACAGCGGAUGUUGGCAAUCACUGCAAAUACCUUAAGGCAGCAGCUAACAAACACAGAAGUAAGGCGAUUAGAGAAAAAUGUAAAGGAGAUCUUGGAAGACUUUGCUGAAGACUGUGAUAAAAAAGUUAACUUGCUAACCGGAAAGAGGGUCCAACUAGCAGAAGAUCUUAAAAAAGUAAGAGAAAUCCAAGAAAAACUUGAAGCCUUUAUUGAAGCCCUUCAUCAAGAGAAGUAGCCCAAGCAAUUGGAGUGGAGAAAGAAAACGGGUGUAUGAAUUCUACAGACAGUGAAGACAUGAAGCUAUCUGCUGUGUAAUACACUGGGAAGAAAAGCCCUGAUAUGAGGCUUUGAUUCCCUGAUGGCUAUAUGAAGAACUGAUGAGUAUUUGUAACACUCUCCAGUGAAGGGUUGCCUACAUAUUGCUGCUGUCCUGUGUUUGUGCUGUACAUUGAUCACAGUUGUCAGCUUCUUUUUACUUGAUCUGAUAAUUUGGGGCAUGAUAUGUCAUUUUAGCAUCUGUAUAUAAAUCCUUAGCACUUUUUCCAUUUCAUUUCUCCUUAUAUGGAAGUAUUGCAGACUGCAUGUGUAUAAUGUUUGUAUGUGUUCUCAUUAAUGGCAUAAGAUAUAUGAAAUAAGAAACAGCAGUUCAAUCCCAAUCAGCACAAUCUAGUUUCAUCAGUUGGCAUUUUGUCAUGGAAAGACUUGUGCGAAGUGUGAAAUUGUAGUAUAUAAUUUAUUUAUUGAGCACCAAACUUAACCUGGCUAUACAUUGGUAGAGUUUCGAAUGAAAUUUCUAUGUACGUUUAAUGACUGGAUAACUGUCAUUUGAAAGUACUUCAAACUGUAGUUUCCUUUUAACGUUAGAUUUUGAAAUGAAUGGAAUUUCCUGAACAAAAAUCACAUUCACUAUUUAGAAAUUUUGUUCAAGAAAGUUUUCACCCUACUUCUUCGAAUUUUCUCAUUACUGUGGUCGAAAUAAGAAUGUGGAUUUGAACCUACUAACAAUUAAAAAGUCAGAGAAAUGUUCUUAAAACAAAAAGUUGUGAACUAAAUUCUACUAGCUUAUAGCCAGCUUCUCCUUCCCUUCACUUAUUAUAUCUAAAAACAAAGUUGACCAAGGAAGAAGUUUGAAAUGUUUACAUCAAAAUUGUGUCCAAGUUUUUGUAGAAAGCACUUAGGGGCCUAGUGAUUGAGUUUUUCUGAAUUGUGCAUCACACACAUAUUUGCACUGAAAUUGUAAGGUUGUAAUAAGUUUCAAAAACUUUUAAAAACAAGGCACCGAAUCCUCACAUUAUGUGAUUAUAGUGAAGUUGGUGUCACUGUAAAGAUGUUAGGAGAUUGUGCCAACAAGAACAUUUCUUGUAGCACAUGGAAACCAAUCAAAUUCCUUCUUUCAUUUUAAACUCUGCACUGCAUUAAUGGCGGUCGAAAGCUGAUUGGUUGCUAUCGGCAACAAGAAUGCACCCAUAAGAAUAUUUCUUGGUUCCUAUAGUAACCAAUCAUCUUUCAGCUAUCAUUUCUGAAGAGCAGAGUUUGAAGUGAUAAUACCUGAACACAGCAGUUUUAUGUUGACCAUAUAUAUGUUGAGAUUUUAAAUAAAAUAGCACUUGUCAUCAGGCCAUAUAGGCAGGGAUAUAUUCUCAAAUUAAUUAGAAUUUUUUUAUAUUGUCACAUGGUUUACCAGGCAAGCCCAUUUUCAAAUUUCUUGCAUUUUCUUCUUAUAAAUGCAGACUCAGUGAAAGAAUCAUACUUCUAACUGUAUCAAUCUUCAUUUAUGCACUUUUGUUUUCAGUGUCCUCAAGCACUUCCACUGCUGAAAGAUUUCUUCUACCAGUGCAAAUCUAUUUUGUUUCCUUCAGAAAUUCUUGUUUUCAUUAAUGCUACAAAAGUUUCUUAGGUCUUAAUAGCAAUUGCAGUAAAAAAUGUCGUUUCAUCAAAGUGUCUGUAUGAUGAGCUCUUGGUUAUAUUCUUCUUCACUUUGGCUAGGUAUAGAUGGAAAUUCAGCCAGUUCAGCAGAGACUGUCUGGAUUCCACUCUGUGUGCGAUUCUCCCUUUUCAACAGAAGUCGGUCAUUGGAUCGAUGUCUGCCAAACAAACACGCUGGAAAACAUUUGUCGAUCAGCAGCUGCAGCCACUAAGCACUGUAUUCUGACAGCAGUGGGAGCAGCUUUCUGAAUAAAAUGUCCCGGCGGGGGGUGACGAGCAAGGUGGAUGGAGGAAUCCUUAGACUUUCUUUCCUUAGAUCUUUGUUUCCAAUGGGGGAGUGAGCGAAAAGUCAAAUUGACUACUGUAGACACAAUAAUAAAUAAGACCAGUCUCUAACAUCACUGCUUGUCACAACUGAACAACUAUAUUCUUAUAAAUGUGCUCUUAUUACCUAAUGAACUCAAAAUGUGAUGGCAUAAUAUAGUCUCAUGAACGUAUAAAUUAUACACAAAUUUUGUGUAUUCUGCUGCACAUUAAAUAUUAGUUUUCAACAUGUGAAAUAUGACUUGGAUAUAAUUGGUGUCUAUUUUAUUUAUGAAAAUAUUUCAAUGAACUUUACACUUUAGAGGUUUUUACACUUCUAAUAUUCUGGUGUGUUUUUCAGCUAUAUGCUGCUAAAUACCACAGAAAACAAAAUGCUUAAUUUGACUUUUCAGAAAUCCUAAAGGAUACCGUUCUUUUUCAAACAUGUAAAUGAAUAAAAAGGCAAAACGGCAUAAUGAAAUCUC